AUGACUGAAAGAGAACAGCAAAGGGUACCGACAGCGUUGCAGGGGCCCCUACAGGGGCCCCCUGCUCUCUCUGCUGCUGAAACCGAUGCUGCAGCACAUGUCGGCAGCGGACUCACAGAAGCUCAGUCAGCACACGAGCCAGUGGUCUUAAACACAGCUCCAUUUGGAGAAUGGAUUUCGUUUAGAGGGGCAAAAACCAAUAGCAGCAGCAGCUGCUGCAGCAACAGCAGCACAAGCAGCUGCAGCAACAGCAGCAGCAGCAGCAGUAGCAGCAGUAGCAGCAACAGUAGCAGCAGCAACAGUAGUGGCAGCAGCAGCAGUAGUAGUAGAAGCAACAACAACACCGCCUGCAUGGUGCACCAAGUGCCUGCACGGCGAUGCAAAAGUGCUGCACUUUACCUCCACGAUCUCCCAUGUGUGCAGCAGCAGCAGCAGCAGCAGCAGCAGGACCGAGGGGUCCGAAAAUGUGACAAGCUGAACCCUCAUGCUUCUGCACCUGCUGCUGCUGUCUCUGCUGCUGUUGACUCUGCUGCUGGAGCCGCCACGAGAACAGUUGGGCUUUCCAGAGGCUUUGUGGAAUAUAGCAGCAGCCGCAACAGCAGCAGCAGCAACGGCAACAGCAACAACAGCAACAACAACAGCAGCAGCAACAUCAGCAGCACAACAAGCAACCUGCAGCUAGAGAGCCCUGCUGCCUCUUCAGCAGCACCUCGUCAGGGAUGCGCACGGCCGAUGCCAGUGCUGCGGCAACAGCCGCAGCUCCUUUGCCUCUCAGAAACAGCAGCAGCAGCAGCUGCCGCUGCAGCAGCAGCAGGUGCAGAUGUCACCGCCGCAGCUGCAAGGCCGUGGAGACAGAAAGAAACACGCUCCUCCUACUCCUACCCAGCGGCAGCAGCAGCAGCAGCAGCAAACGAAGAGGCAACGGGUCCCGUCAACUCUGGGCCUAUGAAUGGAUUCGCAGGUGCUGCUGCAUUCGCACGCCAUGUUAUUCCUUUGAGGGUGAAGGCCCCAUCAGCAGCACAGCCAGAAGCAGCAGCAGCAGCAGCAUCAGGGUCUAGAGGCCGCUCUUUUGCUUCAUUCAGCAGCUCUGCAUUGGGUGGAGUAUCGUCGUUAGCUAGACACGCCAGCAGCAAGGCGCCUCUUCUGCUGCAGAGCAGCAAAAGCAUUGCAGCUGCGGCAGCAAAGAAAGCUGCCGCAGUGGCAGCAGCAGCAGCAGCAGCUGCUGCUGCUGCUGCUGCAGUUGUUGGGGAAGCACCUGUGGAAGAGCCUCGCACGCACGCAGAAGUACCCCGCGGGCGCUGCAGCAGGAGCAGCAGCAGAAGCAGCAGCAGCAGCAGCAGGAGUAGCAGCAACAGCAGCAGCAGCAGGAGCAGCAGUAACGAAUGCAGCAGCCGCAUGGGCCGCGGUUCUGCUGCUGAGAAUUCAUUCUCAGAGCUGUUCGCUGCUACGCCUAUUUCCUGUAUAUCAUCGUUGAAUCCGCUAUCUCCCACAGCGUCAGCGGCAUCAUCAUCAGCAGCAUCAUCAUCGUCAGCAGCAGCAGCAGCAGCUGGUGCUGCUGUCCCUGUCUCCCCGUUCCAAUUUGCUGCUGUUGCUGCGCAUGGCGCCUCUCGCCCUCUAUUUUCUUCUUCUGCUGCUGGAAAUCGAACCCGUACGGGCUCCAUUGCAGGGUCUGACGUAGAGGACCUUGGGCUGCGGCUGCCUCCUUCUCCAAGGAGCUUGAGGCUCAGUGAGAGCAUGAAGCAGCGAGCUAGUGCUGCUGCGGCUGCUGCUGCUGCUAUUGCUGCACCUUCUGCUCCUUCUGCUGACAUGUACGGGGAUGGGCCUUUCGCCUCUUCUGCUGCUGCUGCUGCUCCUCGAAGAUCUUCGCUAACGGAUGCACCGCUGCAGCUCGCGCAGCCGCAGGCGCAGCAGCAGAAGCAGCAACAGCAGCAGCAGCAACGGACGCUGGCUGAGAUGCUGCCGGUGAUAUCUUCUCCUUCUUACGCCUUUCUUGAGGCGCAGAGUCUCGGCGCUCUUCUUUCUCUUCCCUCUCCGAGUGAAACAACUCUCAAAAUGCGGGUGUGGCGGUUUAAGGGUUUGCUGCCUCCGCGCUGGCUAGAGGAGGAUUUGCUGCUGCAUCAAAACUUGCUGCUGUUCUGCAGCAGCACGGAGCCGCUAGAAGUGUCUUUGUUAGUACCUCUUGCUUCUAUUGCCUCUGCCUGGGCUGUAGAUGGCAGGGGAAAGAUAUCUGCUGCUGCUGCUUGUAAAGGAAAGGCGCCCUAUCGCAUGAAGCUCGUGGCCUCAGCAGCAGCAGCAGCAGCAGCAGCAAACCCACAGGGAGGAGGGUCAACGAAAAAGCAUAAGGCAGCCAGAACUAUUCUCUUCGGAUUACAGAGCGCAACAGAAAGAGAUGCGCUCCUCAAACACAUCUUGUACUUGGCAGACAAAUGGAGGUCCCGCCCUUCAGUGCCGGACUUCCUAUAUCGGCCUCCUUGUCAGCAGCAGCUGCUGCUGCUGCAUCAGCAGCUGCAUGCAGCAACGCGGAGUUUGCUGCUGCUGCAGGUGGCUGCAGUGGUGAAGGAAGCCUUGAGACGUUGGGCCCGCGAGUUCUUAGGGAAGCUGAGAGCGAUAGCAGCAGCAGAUUCUGCUGCAACGAAGCAGCAAAUAGCACAGAGAUGCCGCGGAGCUUUGCUGCUACAGCAAUGGGUUAGGCUUAGGAGGCGGGAGGACUCGGGGUGGGCUAUGCAGCGGCUGCGAAUGCAUGCGCUGCUGCAGCAGCAGCAGCAGCAGACAGCAGCAGUUGUUGCUGCUAUGGCGUCAGGGCACUUGGAGCUCGCCUCAAAUCACCUGCAAGUCGCGCAGCAGCAACUCAAGUAUGCUCUUAACCGUCUCUUUGAGAGGCGGCUGCAUGCAGCCUUCUUGAAGUUACGUAUGCUGCGCAUUGUUAAGACAGCGCAGCAGCAGACUGAGCAGGGAAGAGCAGCACAGCUUUGCUGGUGCAUGCAGAAGCAGCAAAACAAAGUGCUUCAUGGGGCCUUUGUUCACUUACGAAGAUUCCUGCUGCAGCGACAGCAGCAGCAACGAGCGCUGCAGCAGCUGCUGCAGCACAUGCGCCUGCGGCGCCUCAAGUGGGGAUGGCAGCGGCUGGUGAACGAACGGCUGCUGGUGUCGAUGCGACAAGUGCCGCAGCAGCGAGCAGUAAUGCUGCUGGCUGCUGCGCUGCAGCAGAUGCUGCAUGCAAGGCUCUCGUGGGCCGUACACAGGGCUUGGCAUUUAAGGUUUAGGAUGAGAGCUGCGUGGCUGCUUGGUUUGCUUUUAAAGGAGCAGCAGUUGCAACGCUUACGAUUCGCGUGGCUCUGCAUGCAGCGGCCUCAGCCUGAAGGCAGCAGCAAAAAAGCAGCGCGCCAAUUGGCAUGCGUCAUAGAGAAGGCUCAGUUCCGCCAAGUUCGCGACGCCUUCGCGAAGCUCCUGCAGCUGCAGAUCACAGGCCAGACGAUGCGAUCCUUCCUAAGGCUGCAGAUGCUGCUGCAGCUGGGGACGCGGCUGAGAUUACAGAUUCUAAAGCAGCAGGCUUUGGGCUUCUCUGCCUUGCGGUCUCACGCUGCUGCACUUGCUGCAUGCAGUGUAACAGCUGCAGCAGCAGCAGCAGAAGCAGCGGCAGCCGCUGGUGCUUCAGCAACGCAGCAAUCCGUCUGUACGGGCCCCAGCGCUUUCGAAGGGGGCUUACCUUGCAGGGUCUCAGCAGCAGCAGCAGCAGCAGCAUCCGCUAGGCUGCAGGAGCUGCUAGACGUCUCCACCGACUUAAUUGGAAGCCACCAGGAACGCACUUUGAGUCCUGAGGCAUCUUCAUACGACAAGCCAUUCAUAUAUCUGCCUCCACCUAUUGUUUCUCGCGGAGGCGCAGCAGCAGCUGCAGCUGCAGCUGCUGCUGCCGCUGCCACUUCAGGUGUAGCGGAUAUGUACGGAUUGCGCUCAUCCCCCACUUCGCUGCAGAGCCACGAGAAGCGCGAGGAUGUUAAAGGUUUUCUACAGCAGCAACAGCAGCAGCAGCAGCAGCAACAGCAGCAGCAGCAGCAGCCAACGCUACUGCAGCAAAGUUCAUCAUCUGGGCCCCGCGUUGGGUACGGAGUGGCGGCGAGCAGGGAAUGUCGUGCUGAUGAAGGAAUGAAUAGCUUUUGUUUAAAUUCAUCUCCUGUAUCUCCUGUUUCUUUGCCGCUUGGCUUCAGCAGCAGCAGCGCGCACAACAGCCCCAGCCGCACCCCCAAGACCCGCCUAGUGCAGCCGUCGCUUAUCUUGACGCAGGACCGCAGCUGCAGCAGCAGCAGCAACAACAACAACAACAACAACAACAGCAGCAACGACUUCUUUAUCAGCUCAAAAGUCUCAGACUUAACGGAUUACGCUGCACACGAAGCAGAGAUGGACGCACUUGUUCAGAGGCUGCAGCAGGCAGAGCAUUCCCUUCAGCAUGACUUGGGUCCUGCAGCAGCUACUGCUUUCUCCCCACCUCCUUCUGGGGGGCAGUGGGCGCAGCAGCAGCCAAGACCUAAUGCUGUGCAUGCCGUGCGAAGCCGACCACCUGCAGCAGCAUCUGCUGCUGCUGGUGCUGCUGCUGUCAAUACGCAUGAAGAGGUGCUUCUUUCUGCGGGUUCUAGUGGAGGCCCUCAAGUGCCUUGGUAUACCUCCUGCCCCACAGCAGUAGAUGAGCCCCUCUCUCCAUACACCCCUCCCUACCGCGGCUGCUGUACAAUGGCGUUUCCACCUCAAGAAUAA